AUGAAAGCAUUAUUCGGUGGUUCAAAGAAGAAGAAGGACAAGAAGGACACUGGGCCAAAAGAACCAGUUCCAACUCUUGGAGAGACCUCGUCAAAUCUUGGUUCUAGAUCUUCAGUCCUUGAAGGAAAGAUCAAGAAAUGUAACGAGGAACUAAAGCCUGUUCUGGAACAACUAAAGAAAGCUAGUAAGCACAGUAAGAAGACAGUGCAGGGACGAGCUUUGAACAUUAUCAAAAGAAGGAAGAUGUAUGAAAAGCAGCUGGGUGUUCUCCAAAACCAGCAGUUCAAUGUCGACCAAGUUGCGUUCAACAGUGAAUCUAUUCAGAGCAACAUAAAUAUGUUUUCAGCUAUGAAGGAAGCCACAGAGGCUCAGAAAGCCCAAAUGGAGAAAAUAGACUAUAAUGAUCUCGAAGAUAUGUACGAUAAUAUGGCUGAUAUGAUGGCUGACCAAGAAGAGAUCAAUGACAUGAUGGCAAUGAAUUUUGGGGUUGAAGAUUUCGAUGAAGAUGAAAUGCUUGAUGAACUCAAUGAACUGGAUGAAGAACUUGCCAUGGCGGAGAUGGAAGGAGAUGUUUCGUCGGGUAUGGGACAGCAAGCAGAGAAGAACCAGAAGGAAGAAGAAGAUGUACUCAAUGACAUUAUGAACUAGUUUAAUUAUUAACC